AAGAACCUCGCUGUUCUAAAUAUGAUUUUGAGGAAAAGGUUCUGGAAAAAAUGCUACGCAUAAAAUUUCAAAUGGAGCAAAUGAAAAGUGAAGUAGAACAAUGCGUUAAAAGAGUUGAAAGUAUCAAGGUGGAAGUUAGUGAUCAAAUGACGACAAAUCAACAAGAAUUUGAAAAAGGUUUUAAUGUCAGAAUGGAAGAAGUAUCUAAUUUCACAGCAGUGGCUAAGGCAAAACUUCACGAACUUCAAGAUUUUAAAGAUAUGGCUAUUACACCAACAAUUGCAUUUAAGGCAAGAUUAAAUGUAGAUACAGCAGUGACGACUAUUGGUCAGACGAUAGUGUUUCCAACAGUAAUCUUUAAUGAAGAAAGCGCAUAUAAGCCUAAUACAGGAAAGUUUACAGCACCCGUCAAUUGGACAUAUAUGUUCAGUUUAGCUUUCUGUGUUUACAGCAGCCAAUCGCUGGUUGUUAGUAUAAUGAUUGAAGGAACCAAAAAAUAUGAUACACAAGAUCAACAAGGAAAGGCGGCAUUCAAUGAACGCAACCCUUAUACGACCAGCAUCAAAAACCAGUGGCAAGGAGCCCAGGCGGACCCCAAACAAAAACAGGACAGGGCACGGACGGUUUAUCCACAACGUCAAUGUUCUAUGGUGAUGUAAAUCACGAAUGUUUAGCUGCUAAUACAGUUGCGAUAGUGACCGCCGGGCCGAAAAUUUUUGUCCAAGUACAUUCAGGUAGUAAUACUGGUACAAUUCUAGACCAAGAUGUUUAACGAUGGAAUACAUUUUAUUGUGCUUUGAUAAAUAAGCGUUAAUCAGAUCAGAGUACUAUCUGUUAGAUAUACUUGUGUGCUGUUAAAGUUAUAUUUUAAAGAACAAAUCUUCUUCCGGAGCAGUGAAAACGAACUAACACUGCACUAUUAUAACAACAUUAAACGCCAGUGUUUUAUAGUUCUCUUUCUAGUGAUUGUCAUUUGUUUUAUUUUUCUUACCUGUGGUAGUAAAUAUAAAAACAUC